CAGGGGGCGGGGCGUCCAUCACCCCACACCCCGCCCUCACCUGUGAGUGAACUCCUCGCUGUUUUCCUUUUCCAGGAGUCAUCCAGUUCUGAGAAAAGUACGUGCGAUGUAGAGUUCCGUCGAUCGAUUGAUCGAUCAAUUUUAAACAUUAACACGAAGCGAGGGAGGAAUGAUGGUCGUGAGCGUCUGGGAUUCCUGAGACAAGUUCGGCUGUAGUUCAAGAGAAUUCGCGACUCCGUUUUGGCCCAACUUAUCUUUUUGGAGAGAAACUUUCAAGUCCUCGCUCUUCGUUUUUAUAAAACAAACGGUGUGAAGAGCGGGAGCUGGUAGAUCGGGCCGAGGGAAGUUUUGUCGGGGGGGGUUGUUGGUGUUUAUCUGUUUUUUCCCCUCCACAAGAGUGAGGUGACGGUUAGAGGCGCGUGGAUUGACCAUGAGCUCGAGUCUGCGGCGCGGGACGCUCGCGCUUUUGCUGGUGGCUUUGCUGGCACUGAGUCCCCAUGUGCGUGGGGAGAAGGACGCGGAACUGUAUUGCGGAGUUUGCAGGGCCUUGGUGGAUGAACUAGACUGGGCAAUUAAGAAAGUAGAUCCAAAGAAGACAAUUCAAGUGGGGUCUUUCCGAAUUAGUCCUGAUGGCUCUCAGAAACCAAAUGAGAUUCCAUAUGCUAAGUCAGAGACCCAUCUACUUGAACUCUUUGAAACUGUAUGUUCAAAUAUGGAUGAUUAUGCAUUAUACGUGGAUCCAGAGACCCAGAAGAAAACUUACAUGAGAUUUGCUCCAAGGGAUUCUGAGAAAUUGGGUUCAGUAGAUUUUAAAAAUUUCAAGUUUGAUCCUGAAAAUUCUAAAUCACUAAAGUUUGUGUGUGAAAGUAUACUAGAAGAAUACGAAGAGGAAAUAAUUUCUCUGUUUGCCCAUGAGGCAGACCAUGUGGCUGACAAGCUGUGCAACGAGAAAUCAGAGAUAUGUGAUCUAUCUAGACAAACUCCUCGCUCUGAUCUAUAAUCCUGUAAAGAACUGGUGCAUAUCAAGUUGGACUGGGAGCAUUAUAAAUGACUGCAUCAACAGCUGGUGAAUUUACACUGGACCAGGACUGCUGCUCUGAAUAUGUUGCCUACUCUUCACGAACCACUAAUUCAGAUACUUUCAUUAUGGCUGUUGUUUGAUAACUCUUGAUAUGUUCUGAUGUUUUCAUAUUAUCCACAAAUUUAUUAAACAGAUUUUGUAGCCAAGAAUAAUUUUAAACCAAUAAUCUACCUUCAGAAAUAUUUUUAGCUUAACACACAAACCAGAAAAUAAUACUUGGUACUUUUCCUCUCUCUUUGUUCAAAUAAAUUAUGUGAUGAUUUUUCUCUAGGAUUAUUUUCAAUUUUAUAAUCUGUGCUUCCAAAUAAAAUUACAUUUUUAUUCUAAAAUAAUGGAUUUAUUAGAGUUUUAAGCUAGUUAUCGGGAUUGUCAUUUUCUUGCAGCUUAUGAAUUAAAUUUUUAAAGAGUACGCAGAAGUCUCCAUCACCCCCAAAAUCUAACUUUUAUUUUAUUCUUUGAUUGUUCUGCAAACUUUUAGGUUUGUCCAUUGCAGUUUGGCUGUUUGAUAUUCUUGUUCAAAAAUAAAUAACUUAAUUUGCUGUAAACUUCACAUCACAAUGAAGUCCUUUCAUUCUACUGAAGGAGCAGAAAUUUUCAUUUCUCAAUUAAGCGUAUUUUGUUGCCUUAACUCAUUUAGUUCAAAUCUGUACCAUUUGUUAAAUGAAACUGAAACUAAUGUAUUUAUAAUCCACAUAGAUCAAUUUUUUUUAAAUUCGCUGUCGGCUUAGUACAUUUAAUAUACUUCUAACAUGCUUUUGUA